GAAAAUGGAAGCAAAACAUAUGUGUGUGCUACAUAUGGGAAAUGUUCUAGGCAAAAACUGGAAUUUACCCACUUCCAGCAAGCCCAGCAUUCAGAAGAGAAAAUUUGUAAAGGAGAAAAGCCCUUCAUUGGCAAUGUAUCUGGGAAAUGUGUUCCCAAAAAUAUUACAUUUGUGCCUCACAAGAGACUCCAUGAUGGACAAAAACACUUUAGAUGGGACAUUUCUGUGAAAGAUUUUGCUUAUAAAUUGUACGAUAUGAACCACCAAGAGGUCUGCACCAGAGAGAAACCACACAAAUGCCAGGAGUGUGGGAUGUGCUUUGCUUAUAAUUCACUUUUUAUGGCACAUCUGAAAGUGCACACAGACCUUAUGAGCCACUGGAAAGUCCACACAGGAGACAAGCCCUACACUUGUCAGGAGUGUGGCAAAUCUUUUGCUCGAAAGGAUUGCCUUGUGAUUCAUCAGAGGGUGCAUACGGGAGAGAAACCAUACAAAUGUCAAGAAUGUGGAAAAUGUUUUGGCCAAAGGUCUCAUCUUGUGACCCACCAGAAAGUUCACACUGGUGAGAAACCAUAUAAUUGUCAAGAGUGUGGAAAAUGUUUUACUCAGAAAGCAGACCUUGUGAAGCAUCAGCGUAUCCAUACAGGCGAAAAACCGUAUAAAUGCCAAGAGUGUGAAAAAUGUUUUGCUCAUAAAGUGGUCCUUGUGAAGCACCAAAGAGUCCAUACAGGAGCAAAACCAUACAAAUGCCAAGAAUGCGGUAAAUGUUUUGCUCAGAAUUCAAACCUCCUAAGCCACAAGAGAAUCCACACGGGAGAGAAACCAUACAAAUGCCAGGAAUGUGGGAAAUGUUUUACUGAGAAUUCAGCUCUUUUGAUCCAUCAGAGAGUUCACACAGGAGAAAAACCAUACAAAUGCCAAGAAUGUGGUAAAUGUUUUGCUCAGAAUUCA